AUGUUGUCCAACCCUCUUCAACGCUUUUCUCCCUACCAGAACAUUGCCUCUUCAAACAUCUCACCAGAUGGCAAUGUUCAACAGACUCAGAUCCAAGGCAAUGGAUUAGAGACACUUGGGCAGAACCAUCAGUAUCCAAUUCAACCACUUUCACAGUCAGUAUCAAUCCAGAACCCUCAUCUGGCAAGAGCAGGCCCCCAGACCAAGAAUCGACAACACCCUUACGGAACUACUGCUCGUGGAUCUGGGGCGUCAGGCAUUCGUAGGAGGAUUAGCCGAGCUUGUGAUCAAUGCAACCAGCUUCGGACAAAAUGCGAUGGCCAGCACCCCUGCGCACACUGCAUUGUAGAGUUCGGCCUGGGGUGCGAAUACAUCCGCGAGAGGAAGAAGAGAGGAAAGGCCUCUCGAAAAGAAUUGGCCCAACAAGCUGCUGCGGCGGCGGCGGCCGGAAAAGGCCAAAAUCCAGAAGAAAUUGUGGGCGAGAGCAGCCAAUCCUCCAGCAAAGGACUCGAGACUACCAUCCCCCACUCUGGCGAACGACAACCGAGCACGAGCAAUCUGAAUGGAUUUGGUAACAUGACGCACAACUACGACACCCAAGGCCUGGAGCUCAAUGGCCAACCAUAUGGUCCUGGGGGUCGAAAUAGCAUGUCGGGCUAUUCUGAGUUUCCAUAUUCGAUGCAAGCCCAGAGCCCACCGAACUUUGGCAACAACACGACCUUUCGAAUGGGAAAUAGCCCGCUCGGUUACUCGAUGGGUAAAGGAGCAUCCCCUGGCUGGGGAAUCUCGAUGGCUUCACCACCAGGCCAAUACCAGUCUCAGGUCCCCCAAGCGAGCUUUGGCAACUCGAAACUACGAUAUCCUGUCCUCGAACCUUUGAUCCCUCACCUCAACAAUAUUCUGCCAAUCUCUCUUGCCUGCGAUCUCAUGGACCUUUAUUUCGCGUCUUCGUCAUCAGCUCAGAUGCAUCCGAUGUCACCCUAUGUGUUAGGAUUUGUUCUUCGAAAGAAAUAUUUCCUUCAUCCCACGAAACCGAGACAUUGCCAACCGGCCCUUCUAGCGAGCAUGUUGUGGGUUGCAGCGCAAACGAGUGAUGCCCCUUUCCUGGCCAGCACACCUUCAGCUCGUGCUAAAACGUGCCAGAAGCUCCUCGAGCUAACAGUUUAUCUUCUUCGGCCACUUAUUCAUACAGCUUCAGGAGAUGCUCCAAGCCCAGUGGCUGACGGAGUUGCGCUUGGUGGAUUGGGUGUGGCCAUGCCUGGGUCCAUCAGCCUGGAUGCUCUGUCAGGCGAGUCAGGGCCAUUCGGUGCAGCGGGAAGCCUGGACGAUGUGAUCACCUACAUUCAUCUGGCAGUCGUUGUCUCGGCGAGUGAGUACAAGGGCGCUAGUAUGAGAUGGUGGACUGCUGCUUGGGGCCUCGCGCGAGAGCUGAAGCUGGGACGCGAGUUGCCGGUUGGUCCAUCACCCACAAACCAAGAAACCAGUGCCAUGGACACUGAGACUGGGGACGAUCAGGAUGGCAACAGUAGCGGAUACGUGUCAGAGGAGGAACGUGAGGAGCGGCGCCGGAUAUGGUGGCUCCUCUAUAUCGUCGACAGGCACCUGGCGCUAUGCUACAAUCGCCCCUUGUUUCUCCUGGAUAUCGAAUGCCAGGGUUUACUGCAGCCCAUGGAUGACAAGGCAUGGCAGACUGGGGAUUUUAGCAGCCUUUGCAGCUCCAACACGGAUCCCAGCCUACUCAACACUGGACCCGAAGGAUACGUCUCGGAUUCGUCGCAAAUAUGCGGGCCCCAGUAUGAGUGUCGAGGUCAUAGUAUCUUUGGAUACUUUCUCCCCCUGAUGACAAUUCUGGGCGAAGUCGUGGAUCUGCACCACGCAAAGAACCAUCCGCGGUUUGGCAUGGCUUUCCGUCCAGGGCACGAAUGGGAUGCGCAAACGGCAGAAAUCACUCGGCAUUUGGAGAUAUAUGAGCAAAGCUUGCAGGCCUUUGAGCUUAAGCAUUUGCCACGCUCAGGAGACGACAAGGUUGAUGGACAGCACGGCGAGAAUAACGAGCUCUCUGGAGUUCCUGAAAUCACCACGCCGUCAGUUCACUCGGUGCAUUCCAGCGGAUCAGGUCGACUCACGGAGGGCAACAUUCAGACCCGGAUUGUCAUGGCAUACGGCACACAUGUCAUGCAUGUGCUGCACAUUCUCUUGGCUGGGAAAUGGGAUCCGAUCAACUUGCUUGAUGACGAUGACCUCUGGAUUUCGUCGCAAGGGUUCAUCACGGCAACGAGCCAUGCUGUGGCAGCGGCUGAAGCCAUCAACCAAAUCCUCGAGUUCGACCCUGGACUGGAGUUUAUGCCCUUCUUCUUUGGUAUUUAUCUCCUUCAGGGAUCGUUCUUGUUGCUUCUCAUUGCGGAUAAGCUGCAGUCGGAAGCAUCACCCAGCGUUGCUAAGGCGUGCGAGACUAUCGUGCGGGCUCACGAGGCAUGUGUUGUGACCCUGAGCACAGAGUAUCAGCGAAAAUUCAGCAAAGUGAUGCGCAGUGCCCUCGCCCAGGUCAGGGGUCGUGUACCUGAAGAUCUGGGAGAGCAACAACAACGAAGAAGGGAGCUUCUAGCAUUAUAUCGGUGGACGAAGGACGGGACAGGCUUGGCCUUGUGA